AUGAAUCACCGCGUUUAUAAAAAGGUGGGAAAAUCGUGUGCUUUCAUUUUUUAUCACCUUGAACACAGUUCUAUUUAGACGACUCCAGAGUAAUGGAGAUUCACAACUCGAUUUACCUUAGGUUGUCGGUUUUUAUAAGCAUUAUUUCUUGAAUUUGGAGGAACUCGAAAGAAUCUUUGGGACAAGGCAACCUUCUGGAUGUUGUUUCAGAAGUGCACAUCGAGUAGCAUUCGAAAACGAGUUCAAACUUCAGAUGAGAGAGGCUUUUUUGACUUACGGGAACACACUACCCGCGUUUUUCAGUAACUGCACACCAAAACAGAGUGUUUAUACGUUUACCAUGGUUUUCUACGAUGAUUCAAACGCCCAUUCUUUUGCUUCGUACCAAGGAAGUUUAGUUUACCGAAAGAGAAUUUAAUAUCAGAACCGUUUGGUCGUUUGUAAGCCCCCUGUGGUGGAUUAUGGUGUCUGGGGGAUGUAAUUGCCGGCACGCAGUUAUGGGUACUCACACACAGGGUGACAAGCAUGCACGUAGAAAUCGACCGGGAGAUGCGAAAAGCCCUUGCGCAGGACUGGGAGGCCUGGUAAAAGAGAGGAUCGCAAUUCUAAAGCUGAUCGCUCAUGGGGGUGGGAAGGGGGGCAGGGCGAAUCAUCAGGCACGCAGGACGGCAGCGGUGAGAGCAGCGUCUGCCCCUCGCCAACAUGUCUACAUUGUUAACUGGCGUUCUGGGCCUGGAUUAGAGACGCGUUUGGCGCCUUUUCGAUGCCCCACUACGUCGACGCGAUCAAUCUGUUCCCACGCCAGAAAAAAUUGCCACUGCCAUUAUUUUAAACAUGUGCCAGCCACUCUCCGUCCUGAUCGACCACAUUCGUAUCUGCCGCAGCGAGAGCGUCAUUGGGACACAGAAGACAACCAUCAGCAAUGGAGGCGCGGUGCCUACAAACCGCUAUUGCAGUCACACCUCCGAAGUACGCAUCAACCCGGUCGAUCACAAAAUCUAUAGCGGCGUAACUAGAUAGCCGGUGUCAGAAAACCUGAUCAACGGCCGUCGUGUGUGCUUUUCAUGUCUGCAUUAUACCUGGGAAAUCAUUCUCCACGUGGGCCUAUUUGGCCAUGGACAAUUAAAUAACCAUGAUGGCUGCAACAUUUGUCAGCACUUGUGCGUCCAUAGUUCAUGCACAAGUCACUCGGCGAGGCUUUCUAACACCAGGAAUGAGAGGCGCACGUAGUGAAGGUGAGUAUUUGUCUGUGGCACGUGCCGGACAGAGGUUUUAUGCCAAAAACAGCACCCAGUCUUACCGCCAGUCAACCGGCAUGCCUGGUCAGGCCACUGCUGCAUGACAGUUACUGAUUCACCCUUCUUUAUGACACUCUUCCACACUCCUUACCAUAAUAAAUCUGGCGCACUCAAAACUGUUGCGGAGUGCUAAAAGUUAUGGCUUGGGAGGUUAGCAGUUGAGAGGGUCGCUUGGUAUUCCCCUGAAACGGAGGUAAAGUUAAAAUAAUUUCUUUUCCCAACGAACCUUGGGAUAGUUCUCCUCGAUAAAGGGUCCUGUUUUUAUUCUCCGACCACUGGAUCCGCGCCCAUCACCAGUCGUCUUAGCUCUUUUCUUGUCAUUGAACCACGAUGGGUAUGGGAAGAGGUAGUUGCGUAGAUGCUGCAAAAGUCAGCCUCACUGUGGGACGAAUCGCACGCAGGUCACCGUUGCAGUCUCUUCGGGUCAGUGGCCGACCUCGUCGUUUACAAUGGCCAAGCAAUGGGUUAGCGGUGUGCAGAUUGCAAACUAUGGCCUUACAAUAGGAUUCUUAACAAAGAAUUGUUGGCAGUUCUAAAUCUGCAGUCUGUUUUUCUAUUCUACAGGGUGAUGACGAGUAUGAUAAUCAAAGUGUCCUUUCCUUCAAAUCACUGAGUACUGUUUCUUCAACUCUAUCGGUAAGGCCCUUACAUUCUUCAACAGUGUGGACUGCCAGUUAUACUUAGUAUUCUCGUUCAUCUGCUACCUACUUGUAAAAUGUCAUUAACGCUCUUAAUUUUUUUAUUUUCUUGGACUCCUCAGGUUAUGGAACCCGAAAUCUCUGCUACCAAGGAGGUUCUUCGUCUGAAUAAACCCGAAAAAGUGUUCCUUAUUUUUGGUAUUUUCAUGGCUGUCGUCAAUGGCGUCAUUAAUGUACUUUUCCCGGUUAUGUAUUCUGAACUGUACGAUGUAAGUAACGGCCUCUUAUAUUUUCGUUCUGGUCGAAACUUAACAUUCACAUUACGCACAGUUAUGUUCAUUAAUGUAGAGAAGUAAAGAUACCAAGUGAGACCCUUUUAUGAAAAAAUGCAUACCUUUAGGGAGGAGGUUCACUUAUAUUCUCGGCCGUCUUGGAAAUUUACAGUGCUGAAUAUGCAACUUUCCUGCAUAGGACCACCAAACAGCAGCGAUCGGCACUGCAGAAAAGCGGAAUUUUGUCCAGCCAGAGAAGACUGGCUUUAAUACCCUCCUGUGAAUUUACCUACUAGUUGUUUGAACAAACGUAAGCGGUUACCCAUAGAAGCGGGCAGGCAAGUUCCAGGAAGCAGUUCAGAAGAAGAAUAAGAUGCGAUCACUGGAACAAGAAACUUAUUGGCCUGACGUUUCAGAUUCUCACUCGAACCCAUCAUCAGAGACAGUCGUGAGAAUCUGAAACGUCAGGCCAAUAAAUUUCUUGUUCCAGUGACCGCAUCCUCGUCUUCUGAUAAGCGGUUACGCUGUCUGUGGCGGUAUGGCGCCUUCGGCGCUAGACAGUUGGCAAUUUUGCCGGCUUUGCAAUUAAAUGCUAUCCGAUCUUUACGUCUCUGUAUGCGCGCAUACUUAAAACAUCGUAAAGAAUUAGAUCGGUGGUGCAGAAAUUUUCCACAUUUUUAGCAUCUCCAGGGAAUGUAGUCAGGUCCUUCAGUAGUUCGUCCCUAAAAAGUUCGUUAACUAGGAUUUUCGAUUUUUCAACCCGGGACAUUGGAGCUGAAUAGUAAAUGAAGUGGGUUUUGCAGCCAGUACGCGAAUGCGCGACCACGAAUCUUAUUGGAUUCUCCAAAGGCCAGUUGGACGAAAGGCUGCAGUCAGUCACCUCGGGCCUGUGAACCUUUUAGUUAUUCCGGCUCAAUUCACCGUCUUCUAUCGCCCGAAAGUGCGAAUACCUUCCUAAGGAGCAGAGAUCAAUGACUAAGUUACAUCUGGAGGCGAUUUUUUUCCGAAUGGCUACCCGAGACUUCGAGAGAUUAUCUUCUAGGGCGAGGACAGGUUAAAAGAACAGCUACGUUUUCGAAUGUCGCCACAGUCAAGUAAUUGCGCUUUUCUACCCUACUUCGGUCAUUUGAAUCAACUGCUGCUCUCUUUUGAAUUUUUUGUUUGUUUGCACAUUCCGUGUUUCCUCUCUGCUGCCAAAUCCACCUGCCUUAAAGAUUUACCUCCAAGUGGCCAGUGUUUGCUACCUGUCCAUUCACAUGAGAAUGGCUUAUAGGCCACUUCCCAUUGCCGAAAUUUUAUUACGAGAAGCAUAUAAAUUUUGUAAAGGGUGACGAGAGUUUCCACGAAACUGAGAUCCUUUGGAUUUUCUAAAUUUCAGAUCUUUCAGGAAACUGACACACAGACGCAGCUUGACAGAACGGUCGUUUUGGCCAUACUUUUGGCUGUGCUAGCUGUUGUUAGAAUUUCUGCCCUCACAGCUGGGGUGAGUUUGCACGUCCCGAGUGCGCUUAACUAAAACAUCCAAAUCCAUGUUUAACGUAUUUUUCUUCUGUUGUUAAAUCAAGGGCUACUGUAUGGGCGUUGCGGGCGAAAGAUUGACUAAGCGCUGCCGGAGUCUUCUCUUCAAGGCCAUACUUAAUCAGGUAAUUCUACUCUGUGACAUUUACACGCAAGUGAUCCGGACCGCCGUCCCUUUUUGAAAACCUGACACGUUGCGCGAGAGCUAGCCCGUGUGUCGCACGCGUAGACCAGCUGUUCGGCUUUGUCAGCCACGGUACCACUCUAGGCAUUAGGGUUAUUGUUAGGAUUAGGGUUAGAUGUGUGAGGGUUGGUUUCAUUAAAGUUAGGGUUAGAGCUAGGGCUGAGAGGACUGGGAUUGGUCUAAGGUUAGGACACACAACUAGGAAUCCACCUGGAAUUCGGCUCACGGCCACCUGUAGCACCUGGACUUCAUGUUGCCGUGUCUGACCUAAUCUUCUUUCCAAAGCCGCUCUAUUCUGUCUGGCUACACAUCGGUUUCGGAUGCCGGUUCCAAGGUUCCAAUAGAUUGUUGCUUGCCAGGAUCAUGAACCAUGCUAUUUUUGUCUUUCUGAAUCUUCGCUUAGGAUCCAACACGUUGACAGGCUCUGUGGGAAAAGGGUGCAAGGAUUCAGGAAUCCUUGGGAAAAAUUGACUAAGCAAGCUGUCUGCAGAGUAAUUUGGUGAAGGCCGGGUUUCUACCAAGCUGAAUGGAGUGUCAAUUCAGAAGGAUCGCGACUCAUCCAGCUAAUUUCACAACGUGACCCGUUAGACUGCUUCCUAGCUUAGUAUCUGAAGUCGAAAUUCCGAAAUUCCUCUUAUUAAACUCACUGAACGCAUUGCAGAAGGUGUCGGUAAUGCCAUUGUGCCUAUAUCGUGCGUCGCUGUGCGGCUGCUGGUUGGGCUCGAGAGAGAGCCCGUAAGGCACAUGGGAACGAGUAAGUUCCGUUAGAACGAUCGGUGAGCGACCCCUAUCAUCGAAUAUUCCUGAUCGAAAACCGAUAGGGCAAUGGGCUCGUGGCCCAGUGGUUAUAGGCACGGACUUCUAACUUACAGAUCACGAGUUCGAGCCUCGGGUGUUCCGCACUUCGGGGUCGGGUAUGACCGGCUGACGACAGCUAAUAAGCCAGAAAUGGCCAUUCCAGUCUCCCUUGUCUUUGUCGGUAAUUCCAUUGUGCCUAUAUCGUCCGCCGCUGUGCGGCUGCUGGUUAGGCUCGAGAAAGGGCCCGUAAGGCAUAUGGGCACGAGUGAUUUCCGUACGAACGAUCGGUGAGCGUCCCCUAUCAUUGGUGUCUGACAUUGUUUUUCGUACAUUGUAGGAAGUCGGGUGGUUUGAUGCCACCGAAAACCAACCAGGCAUUCUGACUGGGAUGCUGGCCGCAGAUGUACCUAUGCUGCAAAAUAUCUCCGGAAGACGUCUGAGCUCAAUGAUUGAAACGACCGUUCUUAUCGUCGGAUCUCUCAUAGUAGCCUUUUUCUUCAGUUGGCAGAUAUCCCUCGUUGCGCUGGCAUUCUUUCCCGUCCUCAUGAUUGCUGGCGCUUUCCAGGUGGUCUACCGACGCGUAGUUUCUACUUAUUUCGACCUAACCAUAGAUGUGUUGGUUUUUCUUUGAAUAAUUAGCAUCAAUAAAGUCCAAAAGUGCCUUUUCGCCACCCCCUUCCCUCAGAACUUUGUUUGCAGUUGUCUCGGGAUGUGCCCUCUAGUCUACCAUGUUUUAAUUGGUGCAUUUAUCCACCCGACCCACCGAGAUGAUAAUCGUGAUGUUAAUAACUGAGGCGCAGACGGGUGCACCGCCAUUCAUCUUCUCCGGUCUUCCAAAGAACGAUGGGUUUUCUCCGAGAUUGAAGACUACUGCUAAAGCAUAAUAGACUAACGUCUUUCACACAAUUUAAUUGGGAACAUGUUUUGAAUCUUUAAUCGUUUUGUAGACAAUCUCUGGCCAUAUAAGUGAUCCUAUCAGUUUUUUUAGAUUCCUCCACAAGUCUCAUCUGUAAAUAUCUCCAAUGUCUUAUUUGGUGAGACACUAAUGUAACUUGAUCUUUGACAUACUGUAGAUGAAACAAUGGACGGGAGACUCUCAACAAGCAAAUGUGAAGGGCGCUGGACUUGCACAUGAGACGCUGUCAAAUGCCCGAACUGUCUUCAGCCUUGGUGUCGAGGAGUAUUUUUGCAGUCGUUACACAGACGAAGCCUUAGUGCAGACAAAGUAAGUCCUUUUUACAUUGUCACCGGUGUCUCUCUGUGGAGGCUUUGUCCCCUCGUUGGUGCUUCUCUUGUGUUUCGUUCUUAUCUGGAUAACACAGUUCAUUUUUUGGCAUUCCAUCUAUCCUCGAAUGUAUUCUUCUGCCUUGUCAUUAAAUCUCCCACUUGAGUCCUUGGAAAGUCCAGCACCUGAUUUUACCAACUGUUUCCCUCUUCUUUUAGGAAAAUUGCCAAAGACGUGUCCGUUUUUAGUGCCGUCAGUGCCCUUGCGAACUCUCUCAUGAACUUCGAAUUCUCUGCCUGCUUUUAUGUUGCCGGCAUCCUGGUGUCGACUUCUGGAGUUCACUUUGCUGAUAUCAUUCGGUACGCCUCCUGUUGUUGGCUGACUUAUCAUUUUACUGACACAGGCUUUCUUCAAUGAGAGAUCCAAUGGAUUCGUAGUCUAAAACCCUCAUUCACUAGGGAGCGGGGCAGUAACAUUAAUUGAGCGUAUAUUGCUGUCUUCCGUUGUAAGUUGUCAUACCAUGACUGUAGUGAUGGGGAUCAGAAGAACGAAUCGAGCAGAUCCGAAAGUGUUGUGCUUGACACAGCAACGAUGGAGGUGACGAUGGGUGCAGUUUUGCAUGUUGGCUCGGGUUUUGCAUAGGGUACACCAAAUGCUCUGUCAAGUUUUGAUCACAGGUACUGUUGAAGUAGAUAAACCAAAAUUUUUUAAUUAGUUUGUAAAUUUCUGAAGAGGGAGUAUUUGGCUGUAGCGGAGUCGUUGGGGCUUGGAAGUAGAUUAAGUUCCUGGCGCCUGUCGAGUGACCGCUAGAUAAAGGGGGACGUGGAUGGCGUUGCCGAUUACACACUUUUGGUCAGCUUGAGAAGGUUCCUAAAUUUUUGUCAUUGUUGGCGGAAGAUCAGUGUCGUUUUGGGAGCAGAAUCAAACCAUUAAACUUUCUUUUCCGGCUCUGCAGUUCAUGCAUUCUAGAAGCUCAAGAGUUUCAGCUUUAUCUCUUCAUGUCCAGCAGUUAAUAUCAUCAAGUUGGCCUAUUUUACCAAUCACGCAGCUCCAGACUGUACAGUCCUAGGGUAACGAACUAAGGGUCGCAUAUUUAACAGUUGUUUUGUUAGCCACUCGUUUGGGAGCUUCAUUUUCUUCAUAUAUCCUCCUCGAGCACUCGUGCCGUCUCUUGGUGGUUCAAAUGAUGGUCUGGAUAUCAACUUAGGUAGCAGCACACAACUUGUCAAGGACUGAGAACUUGUGACAUUUUUGGGCAGUCGGCUUUCUUUUUGCCACUUGCCCCACAGUGGCCUGAACGUCAGGUGAUGUUGACAACGCCACUGCGUCGCAUCGGUUGAUGCUCGUCCGACUGGCGUCCUUCAGGGACUUGCCUUACGCCUCGGUAACCCGAUCAUUAUUAGAGAGGUUGGCCUCAGUGCCUAGUAGGUAUCAUUAUUAGGAUAACCAGGUUAGCAAUGGUAGGGAGGCCAAACCUUCUUGAACUCCUAGUCUGAUCGUUGUUUCGCUACCUUAUGCCCCUUUAAGGACGGCUUAAUUUAUUCUCCCAGAUUGAAUCAGGCGAGUUUAACGAUUUUGGAAACGCUUGUCGCCCACAAGUACUGUGAUAUCCCUUCUUUGACAAACCGCUGUGGAUGAGCUGUGUGAAUCUAAGCUGUUGAACGCUGGUGCUAAUCAUUUGCUUAAGACUAGAUAAGUCUUUUUCGAGUCAAUUGUAUUUCUUUCACACUGAAGUGCAGACGAUUCUGGCGAUUUCUAUUCGCUUGUCCACUAUAGGAGUCAGGCUGGUGGAGCAAUAAUCUUUUAGUCUAUGGAGAUUUGGAUGGAUAGCAGUCAUCUCCAGAACUGCGUGUGGAGAGGUUAAAUAACUUCCAGAAUGCGGUUGGGCCUUUUGAUGAGAGGAACUGGAGACGACAGGGGACCACCUAAAUCAGUUAAGUUUAAAUGCCUCAAAUGACACAUUUCAUUUUGUUGAGAGGGACUUCAGUAUUACGGUUUAUAAGAUUGGCAGGGUCUGUCGGUCUUAGUACCUUUUCUUAAGUGCACGCCAAUGCUUCAAAGAAGGUCUCUAGUGCUUCCAUUUCCCCGCAGUUUUCCCCUUUCCCUAAUGCUGACUGGAGGUUAGGUUCAGAGGUGAGCCUUAGGCGGGCAGCUGUCCAUGAAUAAGGUUUGCCGUCGGUCCAAAUUUGGUUGCGCUCGACUUUUUGUUUUUUGCGAAUCACCGACACGCCCAGUCGAUGCUUGUUAGGUUAGGUAUGAAUAUUCUUGGCGCUUCAGCUAGUAAAACGGUUCGCGUUUCUUAUAGUCCCUUAAAUUUUUUUAGAAGUAGCAAUGCGGCGGUUGGCGCAAUCGAUUAUCUACCGGCAUUGUAUCAGGCCCGUUUUUAUUUAUAAACAUUUUCAGAUUCCUGGACCACCUUUUCUGAACUGCUUGCACUUGCGUUGACCACUUUCGCAUAUUGCCAAUCAAAAGUGACUUCUGCACUAAGGCGAGUUCUGAAAUAGAUAAGCAAAACUGGAAUGACGACUUUCGACUUACUGACCGUCAUCAGUUACCUGUAACCAACCUCAUAUUUGGGGGACCUGUGAUUCGAACUCGGGAUCUAUGGUCAUUGAGCCCAACGUCCUACCACGAAGGCCCAGACAAUCGCACAUCGACUAGGAGUAUAUGCUGAAGCCAGUUCCGACUGGAUCAUAGCACCGCCAUAUCGUUCACAGAUCCUGCUGUGUGGUGGAAGUUCCCGAAUCAUCCUAUACGCCACUAGACGUGCUUCUCGGCAGCGGCCCACCAUGGAUCGUCCCUCUGCAGUACAUUUAUGUGCGUAGACAUCACGAACUUUCCUUAGCUAAACGACACACGGAAACAUUUGAGUCGCGAUUAGUGCAUCGUACACUCGGCGACAGCAGCUAUGUACCAUCAACGUCGGUUUGCAGUUUUUCACGGCAAGGAGUUGUCGAAAAAGUAGCACCCUUAGCGAACAAACCCCAGUGUGUUGGAUUGUAGGACGGUGAUUGUGGUCUCCAGGUCCAGAAUCUGCAGGAAGUCCCUGUGCACUCUGACAUAAGAAACUCCUGAUGAUCUUCGUCAUAUCUAAUUUUCUGCUGAACGAAGUACUACGAUACGAGUGUCCCGAUGGAUGCUUGUGGUAGGCAAUUCCCAGAAGAACACUGGAGCCAAUUGUUAUGUGCGUGGCAAUGCCUAAUCUGCUGAAAAUUUAAGCAGAGGGUCCACAUCCGAUGCGGCCCUUGCCUUUUUAUUAUUUGAAAUCGGAACAUCGUAGUAAUUCGUCGCUGUGAAACCAAGACCAGAUUUGGUCUGAAUUUGACCGGGUGUCACGCACACUUUUACUCAGGGCACUUUUCUAAUUGGCGGGAAACUCACAAAAACCACCACCACCACCACCACCACCACCACCACCACCACCACCACCACCACCACCAAAUUGUGCUUUUUUAAAUUACCUUCCUAUGCCCUUUGCUAGGUCGUACACAGCUAUUAGUUUCGGCGCACAAAACCUCGGAGUCGUUGCCGGAUACGCACCAGACACCAAGAAGGCACGUGUAGCCAUCGUGAAAAUCUUCAAAAUCUUAAGAAGGGAGCCCUUACUUCAAGCAAACGAAGGAGAAUUCCCGUCAACCGGUUUUCAGGGUGAGCUGGCUUUCAACAACGUUCGUUUCCGUUACCCUACCCGAAAGAAGAUUCCCGUUCUGCAGGUUGGUUCUAUUUCCUUAUUUUUCGGAUAACCCAACUCACACAAAGUCUUUGUUUUGUUGAUUCUCACGUUUAGCCGUCGCAAUGGUGUUUAAUUUAAUGCUUUCACCUCACCAUUUUGAGGUCGAGGAAGGUAGGUAAAUCUGACGCUGGUAGGUUGGGUGGGAAAGCCAUUUGUUUGGAUUGGCAUGACGCUGUCUGUCGAGAGAAUGCUGGAAAUGCAAGGUCAGCAUGAUAAAAGCCCGACAGGAUACACCGUUGCCGCAACAACUGGGUAUGAUGCAUGAAAAUCGUGACUCUUGAAUGUUUCUUUUUCUAUCUACAGGACUUCACUUAUGACGUGCCUUUUGGGAAGAGCGUGGCCUUGGUUGGUCAAUCGGGUUGUGGGAAGUCUACAGUGUUGCAACUAGUUCAACGAUUCUACGACGUGACUGAUCUGGACGAGAAGGACGGCAUUUUCAUGGAUGGCAUAAACAUUCGUCGUCUAGCGCCAAACUGGAUUCGCCGACAGCUUGGCGUGGUCUCCCAAGAACCGAACCUUCUACAUAUGUCGAUCAAAGAGAACAUCGCCUAUGGGCUAAACUAUGAAAAUCCUACCAUGGAUGAUAUCAUCAGCGCAGCGAGGCAGGCCAAUGCCCAUGAUUUCAUCAUGGGAUUGCCCGAGGUAAGAACUCCCUGGAAGUAAGGCGCAUUUAUGUCGAGUUGUGGAUAUUUUUCGUUUAUUGUUUUUCCCACUGUCUAUAUCUUCCACGUUCAUGCAUUAGAGGAUUUGCCCAAAAACAUCGACAUUUUAUUUACCCAGCCCACAAUACUGCACGAAUUCCUAAAUAUUGGAACGCACAAAGUUGUCUGACUAGUCUAAAAAGUUGCCGUAACGCGAUCUUACUAAUUCCUCGUCUUCUGACUGCUUACCUGUGCUCAUCGUGCCCACCUGUUCGUGAAACGGUGUUUCUCCUCGUGUCUUCACAGAACGUUGGCGUCUCGAAUACUCGAGCUACAAUUACUAGGACGUUUUUAGGACUGCAGGGUGUAAAUAAGUAGAACAUUUGUGCUUCCUGCGGUAAUUUACUCUCGUUCAUUUUGUCUGUUUUUUGAGUACUGUUUUUGCCCAACGCGAGGUGUAUCGGAUGACGGCUAUAACGUUUCGAAACAUCGAUUGGCCAUUUCGGGUCGCUAAAGGGAGAAUGCUCAACGAAAGUCCUAAUUUAAAAGGACCACAAGUUUUAGUUCACCAGGCGAAAGGGGUGAUUGAUCUCAAGACCUAUCAGUUCUUUUCCCCUGGAUGUGUAUGUGCCCCUAUAAUACUUACCAGUGAAUGGAGAAUCGACGACCUCUGUAACCGCGAAUAAAUUGAUGCACAACUGAAUCAUGAACAGUAUUCUGGGUCUUUUUUAAAUAUUUCCAAUUGUCGUCAUUGCAACAGCGCUUUUGGAAACCUUAAUGGCACACAAAGUCGACUUUAUGAAUACACAGUAAAGUUAAAGGAAUUCCACCAAGCCGCAAAUUUCCUCUCGUUGAGUAGUGACUGUCUGUGGACCACUGUCUGAUAAUGCUGUUGGCGAAGUAACUAGGCAUUAUAACAUGCCUGACGUCCCUAGUCACGUUAUUGUCGUGGUGGUGAAGUACUACUUUGUCGAUACUGCGUCCGUGCAUCCAAAAGCGUCACAUGGCAGGGACCCGGCUUGUAGGAUGGAAAUACCACGAAUGCCUUGGUCGUUAUAUUUACUGGACAUUAUUUGAAAUAAUAGACAUUUCGAUGCUGCAUAAAGCAUUUACACAUUGAAGGGCUUGUCAAUAUGAUUUUUUGACUACAGGAUUACGAAACGAACGUGGGUCCCAGGGGAUCUCAGCUCUCUGGUGGGCAGAAGCAAAGAGUUGCAAUUGCCAGGGCCCUGCUGAGAAACCCCCGUCUCCUGUUGUUAGAUGAAGCGACUGCUGCUCUGGACAAUGAGAGCGAACGUGUCGUACAGGCGGCCUUGGAUGAGGCGAUGCGAAAGGGCGAGAGGACUACUCUUGUGGUUGCCCAUCGUCUAACAACUGUAGAGAAGUGUGACCAAAUCGUUGUUCUGGAAAACGGAAAGACUGUGGAGUCGGGUCCUCCGGAUACUUUGAUGGACAUGAAAGGCGCGUACUAUGCCCUUCACAAGGCCGACGUAAAUGUCAAGCAGGACUAA